UCAAACUUUUCUUUUGUUCAACACUGGCCAUCCGAACACCAUUGCUUAUCACAUCGUCAUCAGAUGAAUUGUAAACCGGUACCCACUGUGCCUUUAAGAACAGAGAGCUCAUCUCACUAUCGUCGUUUUCACCACCUUCCGUCUGCGGUUGAGGUUAAACAAUAUCAACCCGGCCUGACAUAAGCGAUAUUCAACAAUAAAGAUCCAUUGAUCGGAGGAGAAUGGAUCCAGUUUGAGCGUCUUGACCUAGUUCAGUUGCUGAGUGUGAACCUGUAACCAUGGCGACCUGCGGGCGUGGCUGCGUCCCAGCAGUGCGUUUCUGCCACCAGCUGAACCGACUAAAGACCCUGGAUGAUGACUUGAUGGUGACGUCAAUGAAGCGCUGCCUGUCCAUGGUCGAUCUGGCCCUGCUGGGGGUUGGGGGCAUGGUGGGAUCUGGCCUCUACGUCCUGACUGGCGCUGUUGCCAAGGACACAGCGGGACCCGCUGUGGUCCUGUCCUUCCUCAUAGCUGCCAUUGCCUCCCUAAUGGCCGCCCUGUGCUACGCCGAGUUCGGAGCUCGCGUUCCUAGAACUGGCUCGGCCUACAUGUUCACCUAUGUUUCUUGUGGAGAAAUCUGGGCCUUUCUCAUCGGCUGGAACGUGGUGUUGGAGUACAUGAUUGGUGGGGCUGCGGUGGCACGGGCAUGGAGUGGUUACCUGGACUCUAUGUUUAACCACACCAUUCAGAACUACACUCAGAACCACAUAAUGAAGUGGAAUGUUCCCUAUAUUGCCCACUACCCUGACCUGCUGGCUGCCGGGAUUCUAGUGGUUGCCACUUUUUUCAUUACCUUCGGAGUGCGAGUCUCUUCUUGGCUCAACCACAUAUUCUCUGCCAUUAGUCUGGCUGUCAUACUCUUCAUCUUGGUGUUUGGUUUCAUACUGGCUGACCCUGUCAACUGGAGCAAGGAUGAAGGAGGUUUUGCACCGUUUGGUGUAUCUGGGGUGAUGGCUGGCACAGCCACCUGCUUUUAUGCAUUUGUUGGCUUCGAUGUGAUUGCUGCGUCCAGUGAGGAAGCGAAGAAUCCCCAACGAGCCAUUCCCAUGGCCACAGCUAUCUCCCUGGGCUUGGCAGCCACAGCUUACAUCCUGGUCUCCACUGUACUGACUCUCAUGGUUCCCUGGCACUCUCUUGACCCCAACUCAGCCCUGUCGGACGCCUUCUUCCGCCGAGGAUACAGCUGGGCUGGCUACAUCGUGGCAGUAGGGUCCAUAUGUGCCAUGAACACGGUGCUCCUCAGCAACCUUUUCUCCCUCCCUAGGAUUGUUUAUGCCAUGGCAGAGGAUGGGCUAUUCUUUUCCUUCUUUGCCAAAGUCAACCCGGUUACCAAGGUUCCUGUGAAUGCAAUUUUGGUGUUUGGCCUCCUCAUGGCUGUCAUGGCCCUUGUCUUUGACCUGGAGGCCCUGGUUCAGUUCCUCUCCAUUGGCACUCUACUGGCCUACACCUUCGUGGCAGCCAGUGUCAUCGUGCUGCGCUUUCAGCCUGAGAAAGAGAAGAGCAGUUCAAAGUCUAACUCCACCUCUCCCAACUUCCACCUUGAGACGUCACCCGAAGCCUCAGAGUCCCAGAUCAUAGCUCAGGACAGCGGGGAGCUGAAGGAGUAUGAGUCUUUCUCUGACAAGCUGCAGCUGGUGGAGAUGCAGAAGACCAAGGACCGCAGUGCCCCGGGGGUGUUGAAGGCCCGCUGGGAGCCAUACUUGGGCAGGGCGCUGGGGGACUUUGAGCCAGGUAAGGUGGUGGCCUACUCUGUGCUGGGGGUGAUGGUGAGCUCGGUGUCCCUCUGUGCAGUGUUUGUGUUUGGGACUAAACAGCUGCACCUGCCUACAUGGAGCUUCGCCCUGCUGACCGUGGUGUUCGGCUCCACCUACCUCCUCAGCCUGGUCAUCAUAUACGCCCAUGAACCUCAUAUCAACACCAAAACCUUCCAGGUACCCUUAGUCCCGUUCGUCCCCGCGGCAAGCAUCCUACUGAACGUGUUCCUAAUGCUAAAGCUCACCCCGAUGACCUGGAUCCGCUUCACCGUAUGGGUGGCUGCAGGUCUCCUGGUGUAUUUUGGCUAUGGGAUCUGGCACAGUAAAGAGAGGCUGAGGGAGCUGCAACCCAAGGACCUGGCAGCCAGGUACGUGGUGCUCCCGAGCGGCAGCCUGGUGGAGACGGUGCAGUCAGUGCAGCCAAACGGACAGGGGGACACCAGCACCCUCCACACCAGCUCUUCCCCCGGCCACAACGCCGAGGAGCAGCAGGCCAAGAGAUGAUUCUCAUGGCAGUGGGCCGUUAUCGUCCGUCCACUCAUGACCGUACGUUACGGCAUUCAUUACCUCACUCACUUCUCACUCCCCCGUCAGGUGAUUGGCCUCUACCUGUUGGUGUGCACUGCCGCACAGCUCUGUGUCUUCGUGUUAGAAAGCACACAUCAGUCACACCAUGGGACUUCACGCACUCUCUCAGUUUAAUCUGUGUUUCUGUCUGUUGACAUGGGAACAUAGCUUUAUCACUCUCUAGCUGAAUUUUCUAUUUUGCUUUUUUGGUUAUUAUCUCAAUCCUUGAUAGACCAGUACAGGUGUUACUUCCUUGUUAGCUUGACUCCUGAAUUGAUCCCCAUGUUAAGGCCUUUCUGUCACCCAGAUUUGAAUGUGUUUGGAAGUAGGGAGGUGCUUAUGAUCAUGGCAUUUGUUGAUUCAUGAUUCAUUAACAGGUAAUUUGCGGCACGCUUCAUUUAACAAGCAGGGGAAAGAAAGGACCUUUGUUUACACACACCCAAGCAACAAAUUUGCUUUCCCUCUCACACACACAUCCACACAGUCAUUGAGGUAUAGUCAAUAGGUACUGUCAGUAGGUCAACUGGUUCCACCUACAACCCCUGUUACAACCAUUAACAUACAUUUUCUAUUUUGAAGAUGAAUUAGGACAAUCUAUUUCAUGUAAUUCUUGAGCUGUGAAACAGAGUAUAUUAUUGUUAUACUGUUGGCGUUCACUGAUGAUGGCGUAUCACAAACACACACACACACAUUCUAUCUUUGUGUUGUUUUGGAAUCUUUCUUCAUAUCAUACAGUGAAAUGACCACACUUUUUAAUAAUCUCCUUAAUAUAGAAACUCUCUUUUUGUAAGGAUGAAUUUAAUUAUUUUAAUUUCAGGAAUUGUGCUUUUAUUCUCUCAAUCUACUGACUGCCAUUCUGAAAUGUCAUAGAUUUUGCAGUCACGAUCAGUUCAAUCUCUACUGAGUUUUUCCUCCAAUGCACAAAAACUGGGCCGCAUUAGUAAGCACAUAAAUCCUAGCAGUGCAGCUGAACAGACUGGGAGAUGCCAGUGCCAUUCCCCUUUCUUUCUGCUGUCAUGACAUCAGAUUAUACAACCAUAUGAUCUAAAAUCAUGUAUUAUGGAUUAUUAUUAGCUAUUGUUCUGCGUUUUUCCAGAAGAGGGAUAACUUGAAACAAUAUUUAUAAACGUAUGUUUUGAUAUGCUGUUUUUUAGGCCAGCACAAACCCAAGUACCUGAACAGGUUUUGGUGGUGCUACUGUUUAGAAGCACAUCGACACACAGGGAUCUGCGUUUUGUCGGACUACGCCAGGCAUAGAACAUUGCUCAUCCUCAUCAUGAGGCCAGGGUAAUCCGACAGAUUUGCAGCAGUCUCUGCAGCUGCCCAACAGCUUGACCUAGAUUACAUACACACAUUAAUAGUGGCUUCCCAGAGAGCAAUAGAGUAUGUAUUAUGUUGCAUGGGUAAAUGGACUGAAACGUUUACAUAUUUACAAGUACACAUGUAUUAGCAAAAUGAAAUGGCCAUAGCGAUUUCACCGAAUUAUGUAGAAUAAGAGGCAAAUGGGCUUUAAACCACUAGAGGGUGCUACAAGGAUUAGUUACUAGCGACUAUUAUUAAACGUUGAUAUAUGAACAGCUACCGAUCAUGGUAAGCAUUUACUUUUGAAGUGUAGCUGGAGAACGUUCAGUCAACUUGGAAUAACCUCAUCCUAGUCAAAAACUUGAGGCACAAACGUUCAACAAUUCUGCCAGCCUUGAGAAUGUCAUAUUCCCCUCCGUCGUAAUCCCGCCGCCCCAGCUAACCAGAACUCACCUUGGUGGCCGUUUGAUCAGUGUCUACAUGCACCUGUCACAUGUACCUCUCGGGUGUGCUAAUUAGCUAACGUUCCUCUGCCGGUUAAAACCUGAAUUUGAACUUUUUGUAGGAGAACGGAUUGGCAUUUUCUGAAUUGGAAUGCCUAAUCUUCAGUGUUUGCCAAAGUAUGGCUCCAUAAACCACUGAAAAUCAUGAACACUGCUGAAGUCAAUGUAAAAUCAGUGCGGCCCAGUAAUGAAAGUUGCUUUCCAAAGCAGAAUCGGGUACCCACUAUGUGUAGACACUGUCAGACUCCACAGACACCAAGUCAAGGUCAAACUCUCGCCAAUUCUACUUUUUCUAAUGUUUUCUACAGGUUGUUCUAUGAAUGUCAUAUAAUGCUACACAGCCUAUAAUCAACACAGAGUGAGAUAUCAAUGACGUUGUUUUAGCCUCAAAUUGCUACGGGGUUAGUAACGUGUUUCUAAAGUUGCCUACUCGUGUCACACUAUUACCAACAAUGCAUUAAGAUACUUAAAUCAAAUGCUUCACGGACCAAAUUCGACACUCUCAUUGACGAUGAUCAAUACAAAAACACAUUUCUUGAAUGUUAAAAUAUUUUUUAAAACAAAUUGGCGACUUUCGGUACUUCUCUGCCAAGGGCGCAUAUUAGUCAUAUUAGUUUAGACGUAGCCUACUUCGUUACCUGAAACUUACUAGAGUAGCCUACUUGUAAGGAUUCCUAGCACCAAAACACGCCACUAGCACCAAAACACGUCACCUUGCCACUUUCAGAUGUUUGCGGUUAUUACAGUUCGAGCUAAUUAAGACAUUGACUUAAAUCUAAGUUUUGUCGGGAAGAGAGUGGGUUGGUCUAAAUCUAAAACCCACUCUCUUCCCUUUGCGUACAUAUAACACAGGUUUACACUUCACAAUUUCGUGCUAUGCAUA